AGAUAGCGUUGUACGACGUCGUUUUCCUUAUCACUCAAUCAGGGAAACGCACACCACUUCCCUGAGGAUUUAUAGCCGAACCCUUUUCCAACUUUCCCAUCCGUUGAAAUUGAAAAUCACAGAAACCGAAACUUUUUCUUCCAAGAAAAACAAAUUCAAGACUCGUUGCUCCUCAUCCUGUCUGAAGACCACAUAAAUUUUUUAAAAGAAUUAUUAAACAAUUUCAUCCCGCAUCUCUCUCACAUGUCUCUGUUUAUUAUUUUGAAAGAGAGACUAUCUAUCCUGGGUUCUGCAAAAAAUCUCUCUCUCGUCUCUGCGCCAUGGGUUUUUCCUAAGGUUCUCUCUUUAUCUCUGUUUUGAUCUCCCAAGUUUUAAUUUGAUUAAACACCGAAUGGGUCUUGCGAAAAUAAUGAAAAGAAAGAUUUGCGUUCCCAAUCGCACCAUUAAAUCCUUGCCGGAGGAGAUGUUGACGGAAGUCCUCGCCCGCGUUGCUUCCUCUUCUCUCACCGAUCUCUGCAACGCCAAACUCAGCUGCAGAGAUUUUCUGGGGGCGGCGGACGACAACUACAUAUUCGAGCACGCGUCCAUGGAGAAAUUUCCGGUGGCUCCGUGGCCGGUAAGCGAGGAAGCGUCUUCUUUCUUGCGGCGCUGCAAGGAGUGCGGGAACGCAGAGGCCCUGUACAGAGAAGGAAUGGUUGAAUAUUUUAGUAAGAUGGGAGUAGACUCAGGAUUAGAGUAUUUGAAGAGAGCAGCGGAGAAGGGACACGUGGAAGCAUCAUACGUGUACGGCAUCAUCUUACUGUGCACAGGAGGUCAGCCAAAUCAACGGAGCUUAGAGCUCCUCUCGGGCAUCACGAAGAGCCUGAUGGUAAAGUCAAGAAAGAGUAGGACGAAUAUCAGGGAGUGUCGCCGGCGAAUACAGGCCAUCAUAUGGAGCAUCUGGAUCAAGAACUACAUCAUACCGCCCCAGAUGCCACGCGUCGAUCACGCCAAGACCUGCAUGAGAAAAGGGAAAGCGUGGCAGGACUGUGAACGUCCGAUGAUUGGUACAGAAUGGGAAGAAGAUAGAGAAGAAGAGGGUGGCGGUGAUGACGAUGAGGCGGUGGGGUGUGAGGCUUGCAGAUGGUAUUAUGAAGUUUUAUCAUUUUGUGAUAUGUUACGUGCUGGGAGAUAAUAGAGUUGAAUUGGUAUUAAUUAUUAGGAAUCAAUUUAAUCAGAAGUUUGAUUUUUAGGUUGGAUUUUGUUUCACUGUCUUGAUGUCUGUACAUUUUUUUAAAUUUCAAUUUUUUUAUUAUAAAUAUUAAUUAUGUUGAAUUUGAGAGCAUAAA